AUGAAGUUGAAAUCAUUUGAUGAAGAUACAUCAUUCAUGAUACAAAAUAUUAUUCUUCCAAAUGUAGCAUCUAAAAGCAAUAAUAAUUUUUAUUUGGGUGUUUUAUAUUGUAUUAUUGCCGCAAUCGGAUUUGGUUCUAUGUAUGUGCCAAUAUUACGUUACAACAAAGGAAAUGGAGCUUUAUCACAAUUUGGUACUGGUGUUGGUAUUUUAUUUGGUUCAUUUAUACAUGCUAUAUAUAAUCAAGAAUUUUAUAUAAAUAUAUAUCCAAUGUUUGGUGGAUUUUUAUGGAGUAUAGCUAAUUUUGGAUCAUUUUUUAUAAUUGAUGUAUUUGGUAUUGGUAUUGGUAUGCUUUUAUGGAAUGUCGGAAAUUGUGUUACUGGAUGGAUUACAGGUUAUUAUGGUUUAUUUGGUAUUAAAGCAAGAAAACCUAAACAUUUUAUUAUAAAUAUUAUUGGUGUUUUUCUUAUUAUUAUUAGUGGAAUCGUUUUUUCAUUUGUUAAAAAAAGUAUUAGAAAUCAAAAAUAUAUUGAUAUUAUUACAUUACAAACAUAUAAUAGAAAUGGUGUUUUUUUUAAUGUUAAUGAUAUAAAUAGUAAUAAUGAAAAAAAUAUAUUUUAUAAAAAUGAAAAAUAUAAAAAAAUAUUAGGAAUAGUAAUUGCUUUAAUCUGUGGAUUUUUUUAUGCCUCUACAACAACACCAAUAUAUUAUCUUUUAAAUAAUCCAAAUGAAUUAGUUAUAGGAAAAGAAAAAUUUACAAGUUCAUCAUACAUUUUAUCAUUAGGAUUAGGAGUUUUUAUAACAACAUCACUCAUUUUUUUUAUUUCUAUACGUCUUUAUGGAUUAAAAAGUGAUAUACUUGGUAAUAAAGAUAUAAUGUUAUCUUCAAUACUUUCUGGUUUAAUAUGGUUUAAUUCAAUGUAUUUUAUGUUAAAAGCUAUAGAUAUUGUAUCACAAAUAAUAACUUAUCCAAUUAUGUCAAUAAGUCCUGGAUUGAUUGGCAUUUUAUGGAGUAUAUUUUAUUUUAAAGAAAUAUGUGGCACUAAAAAUUAUAUAGCAAUUUUUAUUGCAAUGUUUAUUGCUAUUUGUGGAAUAUUUCUGCUUGUUUUUUCAAAAAUAUAA